GUCGAAAAAGCAAAACAGCUGGCAGUUUAAACAACAUUUUCAUUUUUUUUGUUGACUUAUCUUUGAAGUUGAGAUGAUAAAAGCCAUACUCGUUUUUAACAAUCACGGGAAGCCGCGGCUAUCGAAGUUCUAUCAGUAUUUCGAUGAAAGCCUGCAGCAACAAAUAAUCAAGGAGACUUUCCAAUUGGUGUCCAAGCGGGACGAUAAUGUUUGCAACUUCCUGGAGGGCGGAAGUUUGAUUGGCGGAUCGGAUUACAAACUCAUCUACAGACACUAUGCCACGCUGUACUUUGUUUUCUGCGUGGACUCCUCGGAGAGCGAACUGGGAAUUCUGGACCUGAUCCAGGUGUUCGUGGAAACCCUCGACAAGUGUUUCGAAAACGUGUGUGAGCUGGACCUGAUAUUCCACGCCGAUGCCGUCCACCACAUCCUCUCAGAACUGGUUAUGGGCGGAAUGGUCCUGCAGACAAAUAUGAACGACAUAAUGGCCCGGAUCGAGGAGCAGAACAAGAUCGUCAAGCAGGAGGCGGGCAUCUCGGCUGCACCUGCCCGUGCUGUGAGCGCCGUGAAGAGUAUGAACAUUCCGCAACAGAUUAAAGACAUCAAGCUACCUGAUCUGCCACAGGCAGAUCUCGUGUAAUUGUAAUCUGUUGAAUCUAGUGCUUUUUCGCAAUCCUUCAUGAAUUUCCAACAGCUGUCAACUGUUCCGUAAUAUUAGGUCCCACGUACUCUAUAUAACUCCCCUACCAUAAUAAAAAUGCAAAUGAAUUACCAGUAG